AUGGCCAACUUCCGUGGUGGUGACCGACCUUUCUCGUCGAUACAACACAUCUUGAAGAUGCUACUCUCACCUCAUCAGUCCAACAAGUCUGCCCCGCAAGAAAGCACAAUGACUGAGGACAUCGAUGAACCUCCCGAUCACCGGUUUCUGAAUACCGCCCCAAUGAACGUUGACGACGGUGUGGUUUACGUCAAGUCCACCACCGCCAUGAGUGAUAAGAAAGAAUCCCUCCUCACCCGUGCCCUCCGGCACAGCCCGUCCGAAGAGCUUCCCUCGCCCCGUGACAGGUCCUUCUACCGCUCGUACCCUCAUAGCAACGUUAGCGGUGUGUCGACUGCUGAAUUGACUAGCGACGAAGGCCUGAGCAGUCCAUCUCUGUCCAGCACCCCCAGUCCACCUCUGCCAGCUCAGCUAUCCAGCAAAGCUCCGUCAAUGGGCAGCAGCAAGAAGUUGACUGUCCAGACUAGCGAGUCGACUGUUGAGGCCAACCUGGGACGCAAGAGAUGCAUCAGCUUUGCAUGCGGUCGUAAAACGGAGGAGUCGAAGGCCCAACCACCUACACCGCAACGACCGACCGCGCAGAAGAAUGAUACCAAUCCUACCUCCACAGAGCCUGCGAAGCGGAGGACAGUCCUCACUUUCGUCUGCCCAGCCCGUGACCCGGAGACGAAACGAGAACGGUCUCCGUGCCGUGGUAUCAGUGUACGAUCACGUCCUCGUGGAUCACCUGCCCCCAUCGCUCGUAAGGCGUCCCCUGAGAAAGCUAUGGUUCCAGUCGCCCAGAAUCAGGAGAAGCCAGCCACCGAGAAGAGGGGUGUACCUACGAGCGGACUGGGCAAGUUUGAAGAAUCCGAGGCGACUCGCUUCCAUGAGUUUGCUAGCUCCGAGGAGGAAGAUGAUGAAUGGGUCACUAAGUCUGGUGACUACACGGACAAGAUCACCAUGAGUGAUUGUAUGAAGAAAGAAAUCGCGAUUAGGAAACUUGGCGAAGAAGCAGAGGAGGAGGCUCUUGAGGACGAAGAAGAGGACGAUGAUGAGGAGGAUGAUGACGAGGAUGACGAUGACGACGAGUCAACUCUCUCAUCAGAUGAUGGUAACGAGUCAGAUAAUGAGGCAGGCUUUGCUGAUUCAGAUGAGAGCGAUGAUGGCUCCGAGUAUGAAUUCUGGGCACCUGCCUCGACCACUGCCGCUACCAGUCCUCUGACACUCGAGGUUCCUCCUACUGUCCUCCCUCGCAGGGACUCGAACACGUCCUUUGACUCUGGUCAUGAUGAUCUGAGCCGGAGAUGGCCACCUGCGCUCUCGGGCAAAGGCAUCAACCGUGCUAAACCUAUGAAGAUGCGUCCUAGGACUCCCAACUUGCCUGACAGUACAGACUUCGUCUGUGGCACGUUUGACGAAGAUCGACCUCUAGAAGCUGCCUACAAGUCUUGCAUCGAGCAGCGUCGACUCUCCAAACAGAUCAUCAUCCCCCAAGACAUCGACCCUAGUUUCCCGACAUCGGAUCUUGAUGAGGAGGACGAUGAUGAGGACGACGAUCUGGCGGAGUCCAUGGUCGACGAACCGGCUCGAGGAAGAUCUGGGGCUGACCAGAUGCGCAAGCAGUCUCCUCGCUUGUCUCCCAAGCGGAUGGUCUCUCCACCACCUCCUCGUCGCCAUGGCCGCUCCUCCCCCAGACGUCUACGCUCCCCACCACCACCGAUGAAGUUGAAGUCCCCGGUUAGAGUCGAACGGACUGCCAGCGAUGAGGCCACCCACCUUCAGGCCCCUGGCAUGAACAUCAGCGAGUUGGUCCAACGCCCGCACGUUGCUCGUACCAAGUCGCUGCCUCGGACACCUAACCCCUUCUUCGCUAAACAGGAUGGCUCUUAUCGCUGGACGGGUAUUGUUCCCCUCCGAGAGUCACCUGAGCGUGAAUUAUCCCGCACUCGUGAAGUGCAUACUCGAGGCCCCAUCGAUAUUGUCGAGGGUCUCGAGAAAAAGCGCCAGAAGCGCAAAGAAAAGUACUGGCGUCAACACUGCCGCAAAGCUGCCAAGGAGCAGAUGGAACGGCGACCCAUUCCCGGAAAGGGUGCUGAACGGAUGAAGGACCUGGGCCUCGCAGUUGCUGAGAGGUGCCGAGCCUAUGGCGUCGGAGAAGACGCACAGCUCGUCCUAUCUGUUUAG